AUGCGGCUACUGAAAUGCGCCGCAUGCUACGGCGAACACGAGGCAUGGCACGGCGGAUGCCCCACCAGGAUACGCGAGAAGGCCAAGAUCAAGGCCGCCUACGGCCUACGGUCGAGGUACCAUCCGGAACAGACGGCCCCGUCGCCGGCCCUAGGAUCGGAAACUCGGACCAGGCCGAACCCGAGAAUCGCAGGGCCGCCACUGGAACCAGGACAAUCCCAGGAGAAUCGCCCGAGCCGGAGCCGGUCCCCAACGAAGAAGAUCCAGAAGAGGCCUAACCCGACAGCAACCCAGGAAUCGGAGGAGACGAUCACCGUAGCCGCAGAGAAUACGCGUCCGAGACGCACAAUCAUCCGAUCGCGAAGAGCGCUCGAGGCGCUCGACCCCAACACGCAGACGACAGACACGCAGACGAUAAGCAACAGCACAGCGAUGGAGAUCGUCGUCGACGAUAGCGAAUGA